GGGCUUAGUCUCGUGAUGUCCAACACCGACACCAUUGAUACGAAGCGAUGCCUUGACGCUCCUCCGCCACCUCCACUUCCGUUAAUGGCUGGUGCGCGCUGCGUCACCGUCUCCCUCCUCCUCCUCAUUCCUCCUUCCACCCCCAGAUUCCGACGUAUACCAAUCCUUUCGUCCACCAUUUCCGCUUCUCAAUUCCCUUUAAAACCACCAAAGCGCAAAAACCACUUGCGCCCCAAAAUCCUCAAAACCCUAACUAAACCCUACCCCACCGAUCCCAUUUCUCCACCAACCCUACCAAUUCCCUCAAUAGAAAUCGCGUCCCCAGAAAUCCCAUCGCAAAAUGAGUUCGUACGUGAGCUUCCCACUGGUGUCGAAACUUGCUCUGUAGCUGCCGGAGAAAUUGAUAAAGUUGAACAAUUGCAGGUUCAGGAGACGUCGGGUGUUGCUGAAGAGUAUAGUAGCCUUAUCGGUAAUAUUUAUUCGAAGGAUGUCUUUAAAUACGGUCUAUAUCUGGUUGGAUUGUUUGUCUUCCAGACAAUUUGUACUGCCUGGGUACUGGGAACUGCCAGUUCUACUGGUAAAGAUGGGGAUGUUGAUAAUUUGAAUUCGGGUGUAAAUGGGAUUGACAAAAGGAAACCUUUGUUGAACGGAAAGGUGAGUUCUGCGGGUUAUUUCAAUGAAUCUGAAUUGGAAGAGAAAAUAGCAGAAAUAAGGGCAAUGGCAAGGGUGGCACGAAAAAGUGAGGUGAAGUUGAGAGGAGGUACAGGAGGAGGAGACAUUGUUGAAGAGGGCUCAAGUUCUAAGGAUGGAAUCGGCAUUGAAGAUGAGAUUGGUGCUCGAUUGGCUAAAUUGAAGAAGAGGUUGAAUUCUAAAAGAGAGAAGUUACCAGGUUCGUUUAUGAAUCUCCUGGCCACGUUUGGAGAGGGGGAAGAUGGGACAAGUGAGGAUGAAGUUUCUUCCGAUGAAGAUAAUAAUAAAAUGCUUGUGUUUGAAAAGAAACUUAAAUUUAAAAGGCCUUUGGUGGACCCAAGAAGCAAACCAAAGGGGUUUUCAGGGUUGCAGGAUCCUAGUGAUGAUAAUAAGAAGCAGAGUAGACUAGGUGGUGAAGUUGUAAAGGGGACAAAUGGAAGUAAUGAUGAUGAUGGUGAUGAUAGUUGGGGUAAGUUAGAGCCAGAAAACCGGAAAAUUCAACCAAAUGGAAAGAUAGAUAAUUCGAACAGCAAUGAGAAGGCUAGCGGCAGAGCAGAAGUGAGAAAAGAAAUGGACACUGCUAAUGCUGAUAUGAGAUUCUUAGGUGCAGCCAAGGAGACGCAUAAAGGGAGGUCUUCGGUAGAAGUUACAAAAUCAAGAAAACCAAAGGAUGUUCGUGUUCAAAAUUCACAAACACUGACAAAAGAAAACCAGGGAAGAAGCUCGAGAUCUGGUAAACCUUCUGUGCGGAGUAGAACUACUGGCUCAAAGCACAGAGUAACUAGAGACAAGCCAUUGAUCAGCAAAGUUGCAGAUAAACAAUCAGAUUCAGGGACUGGUCUGUGGUGGCAGAAGCUCCCGUACAUUCUAGCAAUUCUUAUGCGGAGAGGUUCCGGCCAUGAGGGAUCAGAAGGACUGUUCACCUUAAAGAGCAGUUCCCAGGCACAGGAUGACGGUGACUUUUCCUAUGCUGUUGCUUUUGAAGACCGCAUUGAUGCCAAUAACUUCUGCUAUAUACUUGAAUCUUUUUUCGAAGAUCUGGGUGAUUUUAGUGCUGAUGUUGUUCCUAUGUCAACAAAGGAACUUCACGCGGCAGUGAAUUCAAAUUUCAAGAAGGUGAUUGUUGUGAAGAAGGGCCAACUCCAACUUUAUGCUGGGCAGCCACUUGCUGAUGUUGAGAUGGCUUUGCGCUCUUUGGUUGAUCCAAAUCAAUGUGCUUCUUUGCCAAACACAAAGUAGGAUUGGAAGAUUGAGAACUGAGCGUGGCUUGUUAUUCCUCUUAUUCUCUUAUAGGAACCAGGCCAACUUUACAUAAUUCUAGGUGAAGAUAUGGCCACUGCUAGUGAGUGUAACCUUGGUGUUGUGGGGCAGUGUUGUUGCAGCUAUGAAGUUUUGAGUAUGGGAAAAGCAUGUAAUUUUUAUCAAGCCUGAGUUUGUAACUGGCAUUUUGCCCUGAUUCACAUCUUUUACUCUUACCAAAUAAUGAUAUCCUCCAAUUUUCUUUUCAA